AGAAGUAUUGCUCAUAAUAUUGCUGUACAUUCUUGUGUUUGUUUUUCUCUAUUGGUCUCUGCAGUAUAUAUAUAGAUUUUCAACUGUUGUUGUACAUUUUACUUGGAGAGGAAAAACGGACAAAGGACAAAGUAACCAAACUAUAAAUUUUAGGACAAACACUUUUAAUCAUUUUGAAGAAGAGCUAUAUGCUAAUUCUCUAGUAAGGACGUCCAUUGGAAUUGACACUCUUGCUUUGUUCUUAAUGCUCUUUUUGAUUGUUUUUGCUGUGUCAUGCUAUAACUCAUUUCAGAAAGGCGUUGGUUAAGGUUAUCGGAGUUCCUCCCAUGCAUGUGAACAGUGACAAGGCUAAUGCUCUAACUGCUGCCCUUCUCUAUCAGAAUAUUAAUACUGUUCAAAAUCAACGAAGCCCAGAGCCUCCGAAGCCUGAGGAAGGUUUCCCAGAGCCUAUUCAGCCUGAGCCUGAGGAAGGUUCCCCAGAGCCUAUUCAGCCUGAGCCUGAGGAAGGUUCCCCAGAGCCUAUUCAGCCUGAGCCUGAGGAAGGUUCCCCAGAGCCUAUUCAGCCUGAGCCUGAGGAAGGUUCACCAGAGCCUAUUCAGCCACAAGCUCGACGUCCUGAGGACAACAAGCGAUACUUACUACUUUUGUCUCUACUUGAGGACGAGUUUUGAUUUUUGUAAUAAUUAUUAUUUUAACUAUAGCUGUGUGAUUGUUGUGCUUUCA